AUGCCACCGCUACCAUCUGCCUCGACCGCAGCGGAUCACGAUCUUCCGCUGCCUCGACCUACGGUUGUCAAUGGCUCGCGGAGAUCCAGUCGGACCUCAUCCAGAGCGGCAAGCGCAUCUUCAUCCACACAGGCGAGCAGAACAGCCUCGCCCGCACGACGAUCUCGAAGCACAAGCGGGAAUUCAAGCGCAGCGUCCACUCGCCGAGCAUCUGCGGUGAUCGAUACAAUAGCCUCUCGCGAGACGGCAGCAGCAGCAGGACCAUCAUCAUCAACCGCAUCCGCCCGCACCCGCAACCGCUCAAGAUCUGCAGAGCAACCUCGCGUUCGUUCCGCUAUCGAUGCCAGCAACGUCGUCGAGAUCAGCAGCGACAGUUCCGAAGAUGAAGACGACUUCACCAUGGCGUGGCAGUCCGGUGCUCCCACGAGAGCCCCUGAGAGAGACUUCUUUGAGGUCUCGGGCGUGCGACGGGCACAGCCUCCUGCUGGCAUCACCCGCAGCGACCUUUUCUCUCCACCUCCUCUAGCUGGUGGGCCCUCUGAGCCUGUCCUCUUCGACAGAGGCUCAAGGGGCAGAAUGCUAGGGGUCAGUGUAGAUCCUAGCACGGGUGACUUCUUGACCCGCCCCAUACCCAUCGUGCGACCCCCAAGCUCGGCGCCCUAUUCCACUGGCGACGACAGCUUCACCAUCGUCUCGGCACAGGUCGCUCCACGACCUCCAGCGAGGAGCGAUCAUCCUAUCACAGAUCAGCGGCUGCGUUCCUCCCACUUGGCGAUGCCUACCCGAUCGCCACCUCGUACCAGGCCUCCCCCCAUCGAGCAUCCGCUGCUGUCCAAGUACACUUGUCCCAUCUGCUUUGACGCAGUCAAGGACCUGGCCGUCACGCCAUGCGGUCAUCUCUUCUGCGGCGACUGUCUUUUCCAGGCACUCAAGACCCAAGCUGUUCAGCGCGGAAUCGCCGAAGAGGAAGAAGAGUCGCUCUUCAACCUUGGUAGUAUCUUCUCGCCCUUCGCGCCCGCUGGCACCUUCGGAGCUGGAAGGGGCGCAGGAGGCCCUCCCGCGGCUUUGGGGUCUGACAACGGCGGCAACGCAGGACGUGGUCGAGGAGGCGGCAGGGGAGGCGGCCGCGGUGGCAACGCUGGCAGCGCUGGAGGUGGGCGAGGCAGAAAUAAACCCGACCCGUUGGUGGGUCAAUGCCCAGUCUGCCGAGCGAAGAUCAAAGGCGCUUUCAACGGUCGAGACAAGAGCGGCAUCAUGGGACUACGCGUGACGAUAGGCGAGCCGGCCAAUGACCCACGCGAGGCAAACGGGCAGAUGAAAGAGGACGCGAACAUUGGCGAUGUCGGGUCGAGCACCCUCAGCGAGUCUGAAGACGACGAGGUCGUGCUUCCCACCAGCAAGAAUGCACUUGCAGGCGAAGACAGGGACGAUAAAAGCCUUGUCGUCGACGAAUCUCCGAGAGCAGCCCGUCAACGUCGGCGAUCGUCCAACAUGGCCGCCAGCUCUACAGCCAAGAGGGCUGCCGAUCUAUUGGCCGAAGACACUCCUUCCAAGAAGAGGCCACGCUACAGUUCCAACGGCUCAGCCACGCAGACCGAGUAG